AGUGACGAGGGACAUGGUCGGACAAUGGCCGAAAACGACGAUAGCUCCUCCUCGGAUACUUCGCAGUCGAUUAUCGAAGAGGAUUCGACUGGCGCCGCCAACCACGAUGCUGUCCUUCAUCUUGCUGAAGAGCAAGAUACGCAGCUCAACCACGCGUUAGAGCCACCAAAUCCCGUGGAAACUGGGAUCACGGCCAAUCGAUACCGACAGAUACUACGUGGUCAAGUAGAUGAUGUAUCGGAGGAUGGCUCCGUGGAUGCCCUGCCACGGCGGGUAGGCAGUCCUAUAGAUUCCCUUCUCUCAGUGCCGGAUGACACCCCAUCCAUUGCGGGCUCAGGGGUAUCUUCCCCCGGAAGCAGUGUUCUUCCUUCUGUCGCUUCACGGCCUGGCCUUAGUAGCCCGACACCUUCGUUUAGGCCCUUUGACCGACGAUUCCAAUCGCGAUUAUCCUCUAGCUUCACCGGGAGCCCGCGACCUUCCUCACCGGCGUUCCUGUCGACACACAGCCGCAACGCCUCCCUGAGCUCUCAGAUCGUAUUUAGCAAAGAUGAUACCGAGGUCCAGACACCACCUUGGGAGGUUGUCCGGUGGACAAAGUUGAAGAAGAUGAACAGUCAGGCGUUUUCGGAAGCCGGGAAGCGAAACUUUGGCAUACCAACCUGCAUCGCCGUGUCGGCCUCGAUUGUACUCGGCACGAGCAAAGGGAUAAUAUUAAUGUUUGACUAUAACCAGAACCUCAAGACCAUUCUGGGGCCUGGGACAAAGGCCGUCGAAUCUGGUGCCAUCACCUCCAUUGCAAUUUCGGCGGACCACUCGACGAUUGCAGGAGGCCAUGCCAAUGGCAGCAUCUUCACAUGGGACACCAGCAGGGCGUCGAGGCCUUUUCUACAGAUUCCCCAUCUCGAGCCGUCCCAGAUGCAAAAUCGGACGGAAGACGGCCAUGUUCCCAACGUGGCCGUCACGCCACCUUCGGGUUUCUAG